UGCGCCUGUUUAUCACCAAAUUAAAAUGGACAGUAUUUAAGGAGCUGCAUAUUUGUUUGUAACCCCUACUAAUGAACGAGGUUAAAUUGCUCUCUUUUUUUGCCUAAAUUGCUCUAAAACGGACAAACAAACCUCUGACGUCAUCGGAGUGCGCUGCCACUCGAAAGGAGGAGGCAGAUGCAUCUUCGAAACAACAGACCACUGUCGUCUAGCUACGACCUCAAUUUCGUCUGAAACUGCGGCACAGCGGCUGCUGGGAUGCCACAGAAGUUCCAGGGUGAGAACUCCAAGGCGCAGGCCAAGGCAGUGGCUGGCGACCGAAAGAAGGUGGGCGAGGCACUGUGGCAGGAAACUGACAAACAUGUACUCAAAAAAGAGCACAGAAAGGACAUAAAGGAGAAGAUGGACCUGUUGGAAAGGAACAAGGAAACGCAUCCACUUCUGGACCAGGAGAACGCCAAACUGAAAAGCAAACCCCUGAAGGAUAGUGGAAGUGGUGUAAAAGUGACUCGGGCCCAGAUCGACGAAGCCAUUCAGAACGCACAGCAGCCUCUGGAGCUCAAGGCACAACGUAAGCCGCAAGACGACGUCAUUGUCAAAGUUCUAGACGACACAGACUUCAUUAACCUCUCCAACGAGGAGAGCGAAGAAGAGUACGAGCCGCCCAUCAAAAAGAGGAUCCCGCAACCCGAAGCAUGGUUUAGGAAAUUUGGGGCAAUGCACAUGCCAGAGAUGGUCGACUGCAGCCAUGCCGAGAGGUGCCGGAACCAAGGGUGCAAAAGCAAGACGUACAUGCGGUGCAUCAGCUGCAGGAUGUUCCUCUGCAUUACGAAGAAGAGAAACUGCUUCCUGGAGUACCAUAGAUAAGAACUGAACAAAUGAAGAACAGCAAUAGGAGGGGAAGGAGUUAACGUAAUUAAAACUGUACUACCUAGGACUGUUGUUGAUAGGACCUGAACACCUAUGACUGAAAAAUGCAAACCUUUUUUCCAGUACAAUGAUGCUAGUCUUAAAGGAUAAACAUAUGAAGGCUUGUACGUUGUGUGUGAUGUAAUACCAGACCUUUUAUUCAGUAGUUUAACAAAAGACGACAGGCCAAAUGGUCAAAUGUCUACAAAUGAACACUCUUGUUUUUUGUCAGCCUAUUAUGAUUCCUUUGUGUUACAAUAACAUGGUUAUGUUUCCCACUACAGUAAACAUGUACGAUCUAAAACACUUUUUUUAAAUAAAGUUCAAAAUUGUGGGUUAUUGUUUUAGCGCCAUAUAGGCAGGAAAUCAUAAAAAAAAUUAAUUGAAAGAUACUUUUUUCUUUAUUUCUAAUCAGAUUGUAUAUACACUAUAUUGCCAAAAGUAUUUGGCCACCUGCCUUGACUCACAUAUGAACUUGAAGUGCCAUCCCAUUCCUAACCCAUAGGGUUCAAUGUGAUGUCGGUCCACCUUUUGCAGAUAUUACAGCUUCAACUCUUCUGGGAAGGCUGUCCACAAGGUUGCGGAGUGUUUUUAUAGGAAUUUUCGACCAUUCUUCCAAAAGCGCAUUGGUGAGGUCACACACUGAUGUUGGUCGAGAAGGCCUGGCUCUCAGUCUCCGUUCUAAUUCAUCCCAAGGGUGUUCUAUCAGGUUCAGGUCAGGACUCUGUGCAUGCCAGUCAAGUUCAUCCACACCAGACUCUGUCAUCCAUGUCUUUAUGGACCUUGCUUUAUGCACUGAGGCACAGUCAUGUUGGAAGAGGAAGGGGCCCGCUCCAAACAGUUCCCACAAGGUUGGGAGCAUGGAAUUGUCCAAAAUGUUUUGGUAUACUGGAGUAUUCAAAGUUCUUUUCACUGGAACAAAGGGGCUGUAAAACAACCCCACACCAUAUACCUCCUCCACCAAAUUUCACACUCGGUGCAAUGCAGUCCGAAAUGUACCGUUCUACUAGCAACUUCCAAACCCAGACUCGUCCAUCAGAUUGCCAGAUGGAAAAGCGUCGCCAUUGGUCUUUAGAACAGUGGAGCUUUGCACCACUGCAUCCAACGCUUUGCAUUGGACUUGGUGAUGUAUGGCUUAGAUACAGGUGUUCGGCCAUGGAAUCCUAUUCCAUGAAGCUCUCUUCGUACUGUACGUGGGCUAAUUGGAAGGUCACGUGAAGUUUGGAGCUCUGUAGCAACUGACUGUGCAGAAAGUCUUUGCACUAUGCGCUUCAGCAUCCGCUGACCCCUCUGUCAGUUUACGUGGCCUACCACUUGGUGGCUGAGUUGCUGUUGUUCCCAAAUGCUUCCAUUUUCUUAUAAUAAAGCCGACAGUUGACUUUGGAAUAUUUAGGAGCCAGGAAAUUUAGGAUAUGUUGCACAGGUGGCAUCCUAUGACAGUUCCACGCUGGAAGUCGCUGAGCUGAGCGCGCCCCAUUCUUUCCCAAAUGUUUGUAGAAACAGUCUCCAUGCCUAAGUGUUUGAUUUUAUACACCCGUGGCCAAGCCAAGUGAUGUAGGACACCUGAUUCUGAUAAUUUGGAUGGGUGGCUAAAUACUUUUGGCAAUAUAGUGUAUGUACUGACACGGAUUUAACGCAAUAAA